AUGAAACUCUCACCCAACAUCCCCACAGCUCUCAUCCUCACCUUCCUCUUCUCCCUCCAAGUCCCCCUUCGACUCGCCGCCCCGUUGUCCCACGACAAACUCUUCCCCGAACCCGUCAUACCCCUGACCCUCCCACAAAUCCACUACGAAAAGAUCGACAACGGGCGCAUAGGCACACGACAUAGUAACCCCAAUAGCAACAAGGACUUCCCCUCUCCCCUUCCUCUCCCUCUUUCCGCCCCUCCUGCCCCUCCUCGUUUAGAGAAGCGCGGCGGAAACUCAUGGGAUGCUGCCACCGCCCAGCUCAAAAGAGGGAUUAAUCAUCCAUCAACCACAAGACAACCACAAUCCAGGAGCAGCAGGCCAGGCCGUUACCCCCGACCUUUAAAACAUCUCUUCGCCCACUCUUACCACCACUCCUCCAGCGGCGGUCGGGGUGUUAUCGACUCCGACUCCGACUUCGAUCCCAACAACUUAAACCCGAUCAAACGCACACUCACCGAAGCAGCCGACGAUGACCUCAACCUGAACAACUUUGACCUCUUCAGCAGCAGCGGGCUCGGCGGCGGUGGUGGUAACCUCCUCAAAACCAUCACCAUCGAACCAACGCUCACCAUCAACAGCACGAGCAUACAGCGACUUGGUCCUCCCCCUGCCCCAGGGCCAGGGGCAGGGUCGUAUCUUGCUGCUAUGAACAUAGGUGGCGCUUCUCCACGGCCACGGGAAUCUACUCCAUGGGAAAGAAGAAGAUCUCGUGGUGGAUGGGAGGAGGGGAAUGAAAGAGGGAGUGAGAUUGAGAAUGAGGCGACUGCUGGGAGUUUUAUGAACAGGCGGGUUAGUAGGAUUGAGAAACGCCGCGGAGGUGAAACGACUACGGGGAAGAAGGACAAAAAUGAAAAGAGAGGAGAGAGUGAAGAGAGGACAGAGAGGGAAGAGGGCAGAGCGGGAAGGGGAAGUAGAAUCCACGGAAGGUAUCAUGAGGCACUGACGAGUGUUGCUGCUGCUGCUGCUUAG